CACCACCUCCCCUCCCUCCCUUCCUUCUCUCCCAUGGCCUCCCAAAGCUUGAAACACCGGCCCAAAGAUGAACGCACCACUACCACCACCAACACCACCACUAUGAAGAAUAAAAAGGCCAAGAAGCUGGCCAUGGCCAAGCGAGGCCUCCGCUCACUCGCCAUCGCCAUCGCCGUCCCUUUCAUCCUCACGGCCCUCACCACCUACAUCUCCGGCACCGCUGCCUCCACCGUCUCGAAGCCCUUCUGGCACCUGCCAAUGUGGGCCUUCCAUCUUGCCUCCAUCUCCACCUCAUGCCUCAUGGGCCUCUCAGCCUGGCUUGUUUGGGCUGAAGGUGGCUUCCACCGCCAGCCCACCACCCUGCCCCUCUUCGUGGCUCAGCUCUUAUUGGGCCUCUUCUGGGGCCCUCUUGUUUUUCGGCUCGGCGCCACUAGGAUGGGCCUGGCGGUCUGCAUCACCCUCUUCGCCACUCUCUUUGCUUGCUCUCAGAGCUUCCACCGGGUGAAUCCGAUUGCUGGCAAUCUCGUCAAGCCAUGUCUUGCUUGGGUCUCCUUCCUUGCAAUGUUCAAUUAUAAGCUUAUAUAAAGUUUGCCUUUGUGUACACUUUUUUUUGAAUCUCCUAUACAAAGUUUUCUUAGCUGAUU